AUGUCAUCCUCCUCAGAAUCUGAAGACGAAGACAUGAAACUAAUUGCAGCUGCUGUCGAUCCAAGUUUAUUCAACAACGAGUUUUAUAAGCCAAAAGAUAAAAAUGACAGUAAAGUUGAGGAACCAAAAAAGGAACUAAAAUCUCAAAGAUAUUUGGAUAAUGCUGAAAAUGUCUUUCUAAGUGAAUUAAAUGUCAGUGAAAGUAUGCAGCAGUUUAUUGGCAAGAAAAUGUCUAAGCUGAUUGAGGAAUCGAUAGAGUUCAUUGACAUCACGAAGGGCUUAAAAGAAGAUCCAGAAGAGAAUUCUUUAAAGCUUCUUAGAGGAACCAAUGAAGUUAUUACUAUAAAUGAAGGCAAUAACGACUACAUCCAGCAAGUUAAAGUUCCAAUAAAGAGAAGAAAAGUCGAUCCAGAUGAUGUAAAAGAAUCAACGAAAAUCAAGCAAGCAUCAACAGACAUUAACAAGAUCAGUCAUGAAGUAAGUCAAUGGGGCGAAAGGAACCGCCAUAAAGUAAUUAAAUACAAGAAAGGAAAGGAUGAUAAAUGUCAUAUGAUUGAAGAACCAAAUGAAUUUUCGAAGGCACGCUGUAGAAAUGGCUGGAAUGAGUCAAAAAUCAAAAAUGCAAAAUAUUUUAAUCAAGCUUUAUGUAGAAUAAUUAAUAAGAAAUAA